AUCAGUACGUAGCACUUCCGUAAGUAAUUGGAUACUCCUUUUCCAAGGAUACGCGAACAAAGAGUCUUCUCCGCAAAUAAUUGACUUCAAAAGAUGUAAAACCAAGAGGUAAAAGAAAACAGAAGAAAUCAAGAAAAUAAAAUAAAACAAACUCAACUUUAAUUUUUCCAAAUUCGAUAAAGCUUCUCAAGUGAAAAAUGGAAAACGAUCUAAAAAGCAACGCAGAAGAAUGUAAUGAAACCAAUGAUUCAGGCCAAAACGGGACAGCGAUAACUUUAAGCAAAUAUCAUGAGGCUAACAUCAAAUAUCACGAAAAACAAGUCACAAUAGCUUUGGAAAAGGGGGAUAAAAUGAUGGAGAAAACUGCCUACAGAAACUUAGGUACGAUUUAUAGAUCGUUAGGAAAGUAUGAAGAAGCCGUUGAAAACUACGAAAAGUGUUUGAUUACUGCCAUAGAAGUGAGCGACAAUAGAGGCAAAGGAAAAGACCUUGGUAAUCUAGGAGCUGUAAACAUAGAAAUGGAAAAAUACAAAAAGGGCAUUGAUUAUUUCAAAGUCCAACUGACUAUUGCAAUAGAAAUGAAAGAUAGAAGAAGUAAAGAACGAGCCAUUAGUAGUUUAGCCAACGCAUAUCAAUUGUCGGGUAAAUACAACGAGGCUGUUAAAUAUCACAAGAUGUGCUUAAGCACUGCAGUGCGAAAUGCUAAUAAAGAGAUGGAAGGGAAGAUUUACGAAGACUUGGGUUUUGCUUACCAGAAAAUGAGAAAGUACGACGAAGCAACUGGGUCUUACGAAGGGGCGCUAUGUAUUUACAAGGGAAUAAGAGAGGAGUAUGGCCAGGAAAGAAUGAACAAGAACUUGGGAAGCCUUUGCCAGAAGAUAGGCAAGUACAAAGAAGCGAUUAACUAUUAUAAAAAAGUAUUAAGAGUCGUAAAGAAAAGAUACGAUACAAAACGUGAAAGAGAGUUGUACGAAAACUUAGGAAAUGCUUUCCAGUCGUUGGGGGAAUAUAAUCGUGCUAUUCUGUAUCACGGGGAGAGCUUAAGAAUUGCUGUUAAAGAGAAUGAUGAAGACUCAGAGGGGUCUGCCUACGAGAACUUGGGGAACUCGUAUCGGUCACUUGGAAGAUAUAAGGAAGCCUUGAAGUACUACGAGAUGUUCCUUGCUGUAUGUAAGGAGAAAGAGAGCAAGAAAGAUGAAGGACGUGCCUAUGCAUGCUUGGGAAGUGCGACUUAUUUGCUGGCUAAACAAAACAACUCCAGUUCUACGUCCAUUGUGAAGGAAAACAACAAGAAGGAAAGGAACAAAAGAAAAGGAAAACCUCUAGAAGAAACAUCUUCGUCAUCUUCAGCAGAAAGAUAUAGCAACGCCAUUGACUAUUACAAGACGUCUCUAGCCAUAGCUGAAGAGGUAGGUGACAAGAGGAGCAAGACGAACGCAUAUGGAAACAUAGGGCUGGCAUAUCAUGCGCUUGGUAACCAUGACGAGGCCAUAAAAAACUUUGAAAAAGAGCUGGAACUGGCUAGAGAGAUUAGAGAUAAGAAGGCUGAAAGCCGCGCAUGCGCAAACCUGGGAGCUGCUUGUCAAUCGAGUGGAAAUUUUAGAGAGACUAUUCAGUAUUACAAGAUGUUUCUGAAGCUGGUAAGCGGAGACAUGAGGAAAGAAGCCACGGCAUAUCAGAACAUAGGAGUGGCUCAUCAGCAUCUGGGAAGAUACAAGAUAGCUUUUAAAUACCAUAAAAAACAUCUUAGCAUCGCAAAACAAAUCGUUGAUAGAAAGGACAGCAGUAAUGGAGAUGCUACACCGUACGAAGCCGAUACCAACGCCAUGGGAACAUCGAGCAUCGCUGCAAAACACCUGGACAAGAAGAGCGAAGAAGAAGCGUAUAGAAACUUAGGAAUUGCUUGUCAAUCUCUUGGGAAAUACUUGGAAGCCAUUGAUUAUCAUCAAAAACAGAUGAAAAUCGCGAAACAGAUUCGAGACGAAGAAGGGAAAGAGAACGCUUAUCGUGAAUUAGCCAACGCUAACCAAUCAUAUGGAAAAUACGACGAAGCCAUUAAACACCGCAAGAUGUACCUGAGCAUCGUCAAGCAAAACAAUAACAAGAUCGAUGAAAAGAUGAACGGAGAAGUGUAUGAAGACUUGGGUGUUGCCCAUGAAGCAAUAACAAACCUCCCCGAGGCGAUUGCGUGUUAUAAAGAUGCCUUACGUAUGUAUGAAGAGAUAGGAGACAAAGUGGGCCAAAGGAGAAUUGUGAAGAAACUGGGAAGCCUUCACCAAAAAGCUGGCAAGUACGAAGAAGCCGUGUUAUAUUAUACCACAGGUUUAGAAAUCGUCAAAGAGAUGUGUGACAAAGAGACUGAGGAAGAACUGUAUGGAUAUUUAGGAGUGUUGUAUCAAUGCAUGAAAAAAUACGAGGAUGCAAUAAUAUGCCACGAGAAAAGCUUAGAAAUUGCCAAGAACGAGGAAUGCGAUGUUGCGCAAGCAUGUGCGUACGAUAACUUAGGAAAUGUUCACAAGUGUCUUGGGAAGUAUUCUGAAGCUUUGGGGUUCUACAAGAAGCACCUGAAUAUUGCUGAAAAGAAUGGUAACAUCAAAGCACAAGGACAUGCCCUUGAGAAUCUUGGGAAUGUGUGCUGUUUGUUGGAAAGGUACCAUGACGCUGUGAGACAUCACAAAAACCACCUGCGUAUCACUAUAAGGAUUGGUGACAAGAAAGGACAGCUACGAGCGAAAAGGAACUUAGAUAACGUCUAUAAGUUGCUUUAGGAAUUCAGUGAAUAGUUUUCAUGUUUUUGUACAUAUUCUACUGAAACUCACUGAAUUGGACUUUAUCGUAGAAUGCUAGUGAAUAGUGAGGACUGAGGCGGAGUGUGUGGGAAGAGCUUGAGAUUACACAUACUCUUGCACAGAGACGAUAUAGAUUUGUUUGUUUAAGUAUAUCUAGCUCUAGUGUUUCAGAAAUGAAUAGACCAUAGAUCAACUUGUUCUCAAGUGAGAUUACGAACAAACAUGGUGCAUCGUAGUCUAUAAGGCUUCGAGAAAAACUGGUGUCUUUUGUUCAUUAUGCCUUAUACGUGUUGAUUGUAUUUUAAAAUUUAAAUCAAAGUUCUUUAUUUUUAAAAACUCAAGUCUCAAUAGGAAUAUAA